AUGGAUAUGGAUUUCCCGCGAAAUACGUCAAUAUAUACGAAGUGUAGAAUCGUUUUUGAUGAGAGGGGUGUAUCGAAAAAGGAUCGCAAAUAUUUUACCGAUCCGUUCACUCAAUACAACCCAAACGCCGUAAUAUUUAGCCCAACCAUUCGGUCCAUUCAAAGGUCGCUAAAUGAAUACAACAUUGCGUUGAAUACAAACGACCGGUCGGUGCGGGUAUUGAGUGCCAAACCUUUGGGCGACUUUAAAGAUGCUUACAACCCCGAUGAAUAUGCUAAAGUACCAGGUGGUGUGAUUGAAAUGAGUGAAGGUAAUUGUACACACCCUGUUCAAUGUCGACGACCAGCAUUUGUUAAUCAAAUACCCGACCACUUACUGCCACAACUGGAGGGUGUGGUUGACUAUGAUUUGGGUGGCGGACAGUCGGGAUAUAUGCUGUUGUUUAACAGCUCAGGUCAGCCCCGGUAUUGCUUCACACCCGAAGGCAAAGACCUAUCGAAACAA